AUGGCUUUCAUGAUAUGUUUUGGGGUAAUGGCUGGAAAUUCGUCCACACCACUAUCGAUCAUAAAUGCUUUGAAACCACGAACACCCAUGGAAAUCAAUGGAAUUAGAUGGUCAACAUUAGUGGGAAUCAAACCACCCCAAAAUCCGACAUCCACCCAGGUUUGUCCACGAGCAGCAUUGAUUUUGAGAUUGAAAUUUGCAACCGUAGUGGUGGGAGGAAUGGCAUUUAACGGCAUAUCAAUUACUGUGGUUACACCUCCAGACGCUGCGGCUUUGGUGCCAGUAGCAAAACCUUCCCAUUCAGUUCUUCCAGGCUCGUUGAGAUGA